AUGUGGAGAUCAAACAGAUAUAUCUUCCAGCGGCCAAUCUCACCGCUCCAUUUUACUCGCUCCUCCCAUUCAAACCCAUUGCGGUCCCUAGAUAACGUCAAACGCAUAGUUUUUGUCUCUGCCGGCAAGGGCGGCGUGGGCAAGUCGAGUGUGACGGCCAACCUCGCCGUUGCGCUUCGGAACCGCGACCUGAACGUGGGGAUCCUCGAUUCCGACAUUUUUGGGCCCAACAUCCCCAAACUGAUGGGUCUGAGUGGCCAGCCGCGGAUCAACGCCAACAAAAAGCUCGUCCCGCUGAUGAACCACGGGGUCCAGACCAUGUCGAUGGGAUAUCUCGUUCCCGAGACGGCGGCAGUCGUCUGGAGAGGCCUGAUGGUGCAGAAAGCGCUCCAGCAGCUGCUUUUCGACGUGGAGUGGCGCGACCUGGACGUUCUACUGGUCGACACGCCGCCGGGGACCGGCGACGUGCAAAUCACGCUGGGCCAGCAGCUGAAAGUCGACGGGGCCGUGAUUGUCACCACGAGCCAGGACCUGGCGCUCAGCGACGUGAGACGCGGACUCACGAUGUUUGAGAAGAUCCGUAUCCCGAUUCUGGGCGUCGUCGAGAACAUGAGCGUGUUCACGUGCCCGAAAUGCCACCACGAGGAGCACAUUUUCGGCGAGAGCGAGGAACUGAAGAGUUUGCAGCAGCAGGGAGUGGCUCUUCUGGGCCGCAUCCCGCUCUCGAGAGAGAUGUGCGGCUCUAUGUUGCCCGCUACCGACCAGCACAGCCAGACCGGCCCUGUGUUCGAAGCGAUCGCCACCGAGGUGCUGAAAAAAAUAUCCUAG